UUAUCCUUAUCUGUCCUAAUUUAAUGUUGAUUCUAUUUAUACAUGUAUAUUAUGCAUUAAAUAAGGUCUUUCUUAUCUUUCUUCAAACAAAAGAAAUAAUUUACAACAUGGACGGGCGAUGUUAUAUAUUUUUUCUGCUGUUGACAACAGCAACAAAGAUCCAAUAUGGUGCAGGUGAAGAUGACCAUCACCAUCACGAUCAUUUUGCUGAUUGUAAUGGCCAUGACUGCAAGGAUGUAACUAAAGCUCUAGAACACAUCGGCAAACAUUUUGACAGUCAUCUUUGUCAAGUGUUCAGUCACGUGGAUUGUUCCCUACAUCCUGUUAAACACGACGAAACUGUAUGCGGGUCGGACGGAAACUUGUACAAUAGCCACUGUUCCUUUGUUAAAGCUCGCUGUUUUCAAAUUCUCAAUGGUCAAUAUGACCAUCACCAUCAUCUAAUAAAUCCACUGGACACAGAACAUCACAACUUUUGUACCAAGACGUAUCAUAGUCCAUCGACUACAGCCACGACGUCGACGUCAAUUCCUCACACACAUGCUGUGUCAACAACCGGAAACGGAAGUACUAGCAAGGCGGCGACAACACAACUUCCGCAAACUACGUCCACACAAGCAACACUGACCACUACAGUGGCACCGAUGACCGCACAUAAUAUCGUAGGGUCGGUGUUCUGUCAGUAUAGAGGCGUCAUUGACUGCGGCUCGACUUUAUCUGUGCUGUGCGGCACCGACGGACAAUUCUACCCAAAUACGUGUGAGCUUUUAAAGGAGCAGUGCGUAAAUUUCGGGUUACAAGAGAAUCCUGAUAUAACAAAUUGUAUGCAUCCAUAGAAAAAUGCACAUGCGCACUAGUUUCAAUUUAACUUUGUAAACGGAAGUUAAGAAAUAAACAUAUCUAUCUUUUCUUUACUUUCAUUGUUAGUAACUUAAAAGAAUUAUUGAUCAAGCACAUAUCAAAUACAACAUUUCUUUAUGUGCAUGAUUACACACCGUUCUAUGA